GAGACAGACAGAAAGUGAGAGCUAGGCAGCGCUCUGGAAGCCUAGCUGAUCAUUGCUGUGAUAUUCUGACUGCCCCAGCGGCGAGAGAGAGGGCGCGUGACAGAAAGAAAGAGAGAGAGAGAGAGAGAGAGAGAGAGAGAGCGAAAGAAGGAUAGAAGACUAGAAGCCUCUUUCCAUUCUAUGAAAAACAAGUUCCCAAAUAGAGCAUCAACAGCAAAGUGCGGAGUGGAGGGAGUGUCUCGUCUCUUCAGGGGGAGCUGCUCACUAACAUGAAGAAGAAAACAGUCCAGAGGAGCUACUACUAGUGGAAGAUCUUUAAGAGGGGGAGAAGAAGACCAAUAGUGUCUAUUCAGACACAAUUCAAACCGAUAGUGUCUAUUGACUCUACUCAGACUAAAGGAGAAAGCCAAAAACUUUGUUGUCGAGGAUGUCUUGGCUGUCGCCCAUGUCAUGGGCCAAGUGGACGUGGACAGCAGUCCGGGGAGCAGAGGAGGGAGAGGAGGUGGAGGGCCAGGAGGUGAAGGAGGAGGAUGGACUGCUACCCUGCGUAGGGCAGCGAGAGGAGGAGGAGGAAGAGAGAUCUCAAGGCUGCAGUUCAGACUCAGAGGGCCACUUUGAAACCCCAGAGGCUCAGAGCCCUGUCCACGCUCCACUCCAAGGCCCAGAAGAGCUGGAGACCUUUACCACUGACAGAGCAGAUGCCCUGGAGGAGGAGGAUGAACAGCUGAUAGUGUCUGGCCCAGCCAGGGAUCCAGCUCCUAGUCUCCUCUUUAACCAGAACAUGGGUCAGGCCAAGCCCCCCUUGGCCCCUGAGGAGGAGGCCCCUGUGGACUUGAAGGAGGGGCCACAAACACUGCCCAACACCACAGACACUGCAGAGGUUCAACCCCCAAUAGCAGGCCCACCAGCCCAGACCAAUGGAGCAGCAAAGGCCACUGCUUCUCUAGACUUAUGUCUACCUGAGGAGGAAAGACCACUGGCUACUUCUCUAGACUUAGGCCUAACUGAGGAGGCUAGACCACUGGCUACUUCUCUAGACUUAGGCCUAACUGAGGAGGAAAGACCACUGGCUACUUCUCUAGACUUAGGCCUAACUGAGGAGGAUAGACCACUGGCUACUUCUCUAGACUUAGGCCUAACUGAGGAGGAUAGACCACUGGCUACUUCUCUAGACUUAGGCCUAACUGAGGAGGCGAGGCCACUGGCUACUUCUCUAGACUUAGGCCUAACUGAGGAGGCUAGACCACUGGCUACUUCUCUAGACUUAGGCCUAACUGAGGAGGCGAGGCCACUGGCUACUUCUCUAGACUUAGGCCUAACUGAGGAGGCUAGACCACUGGCUACUUCUCUAGACUUAGGCCUAACUCAGGAGGCUAGCAGUACAGAGACGCUUUGUAAUGGACACCCCGUAGAGACCAUCCCUGAACCUCAGGCCAAAUCCAAUAAAACCACACCCCCUUCCCUGAAGAUAAAGGGAGCCUUUAACAGGGCUAGUGCACAGAGGGACGGGGACAGUGAUAUCACCCCAGUCCCUAAGGCUAGCUACAACUUUAACCCGGACCAAUUCGACGACAGCUUCAAUCCGUUCGCCAGCGGCGGCUCCAAGAUUCAGAACUCAUCGCCAGCUUUUGCAGCCGAUGCCCUGCACACAAUGGAGUCGCUACCUGUACCUAGCUCCCUGCCCACACUGGGGUCGUUACCUGUAUGCGGCUCUUCUCCACCGCUUUGUGGGACUAGUUCCUCACCUAAAAUGGACGUUGAGGAGGUCAAAGAUUCAGCGUCGGAGGCAUCAGAGGAGCCCAAGCCUGUGAAGAUGGAGUUUGGGUUAGACGAGGCAGGCGAGGUAAAAAAAACACCACCCAGGAGGAUGGGUAAAAAGCCCAGCAGCAAGCUUGCCGUCAAGAAACCAUGGGCAAAAGCAACGACAACAGCACCUGUCCCAACACCGGCACCCGAACCAGUAAUAGCUGAACCGGUAGUAGAGCCGGUUUCAGAAACGACUUCCGAACCGCUUUCCAUGCCAGGUGCCUCCUUAAGUUUGGACGACGUUCCUAUUCCCAAGUCCACUUAUAACUUUGACCCCAACCAGUGGGAUGACCCUAAUUUGAACCCCUUUGGGGGUGGUGGUGUCAAAAUAAGUAGUUCCCCGGUUUUGCCCAAAGGAUCCUACAGCUUUGAUCCUCACAACUUUGACAACUGUGUGGACCCCUUUAAGCCAUCUACAGCCCUGGGCAGCGAGAACUCAACCUCCCAGGAUACCCCACAUCCUCCGCAAGCAGAGGAAGCAGUGAAACCAAAGCUGGAGCGGCCCCUGGAUGAGGGGAAGAGAAUGUGUCAGACUCCAAAGAAAAGCAAGGACAGGAUCCUCACGAAUUCGUGUAAGGUGAAGAAGUAUGAAAACCAGUCCCUGGUCCUGAAUGUCUGCAAUCAGGAAGAGGAUGCGAUGGUGUCACAGGUCCAAGAAAUGCCCCGCCGCGUUCGCCAUGCCACCGAUGAGGAAAAGCUGGCUUGCAGUGAAAUCAUGGGGCAGAAAGCCAAGGAUGAGGCCGGGGUGGUGGAGGAGGAAGAAGACUCAGUGUGUGCCAAAGGCCCAGCUAAAGGCCCAACCAAAGGCCUGGCCAUCACAGACAAUGUCAAAAGCCAGGCAAUGCUGGAUGAGCCACAGGCGAGGAUAACACACUAUAUGGAGGAAAAUGACAUUUGCAUUUCAAGUGAAGAGCUGUCAAUCACCCCAAGGCCAAAGUUGAUUGGCUGCAAGGGACACGAUGACAAAGGUAGUCCCUCCUCCAUGGAUACCAUAUCGCUAAAUGAGAUGGACAAAGCAGCGGUGCUCACCUUGAUCAGAGAGGAGAUAAUCACUAAAGAGAUAGAGGCCAAUGAGUGGAAGAGAAAGUAUGAAGACAGUCAUAUGGAGGUGUUAGAGAUGAGGAAAAUAGUGGUGGAGUACGAGAAAACAGUUGCACAGAUGAUUGAGGAUGAGCAGCACAAGAGGAGUGUCCUGGGCUCCCAGAAGAGUGUCCAGCAGGUGACUCUGGAGCGGGACCAGGCCCUGGCCGACCUCAACUCUGUGGAGCGCUCACUCUCGGACCUCUUUAGACGUUACGAGAACAUGAAGACCAUCCUGGAAGGCUUUAAGAAGAAUGAAGAGGUGCUGAAGAAGUGUGCCCAAGAGUAUCUGGUCCGCGUCAGACAGGAGGAGCAGAGAUACCACACACUCAAAAUCCAUGCUGAGGAAAAACUAGACAAGGCUAAUGAAGACAUAGCCCAGGUGCGCUCCAAGGCCGACACAGAGAGUGUGGCUCUUCAUGCCAGCCUGAGGAAAGAGCAGAUGAAGGUGGACUCCUUGGAGAGAGCCCUCCACCAGAAGAAUCAAGAAAUUGAGGAGCUCACAAAGAUCUGUGACGAACUAAUAGCAAAGCUCGGGACAUCAGACUGAUACCUGAUAUCAUAAACGUUGGAGUUGUUGGAUGUACUGUUCCAGCAACUUCUCUCCCCUCUGCCUUACCAUUGCAGCCAAGGCCUAACCAUCCCCACUGCAGCUAGCUGGUAAAUUACUGUAUACACUUCUAUACAAUCUGAACCCGUCUAUGCUAUUAUUACUAAAACACAUAGUCACCCCUGUUGUUUCAGAUUGGAACAAAUAAACAGCGAAACAGCAAUGAGUGAGUAUAUAUAUAUAUAUAUAUACACUGCUCAAAAAAAUAAAGGGAACACUUAAACAACACAAUGUAACUCCAAGUCAAUCACACUUCUGUGAAAUCAAACUGUCCACUUAGGAAGCAACACUGAUUGACAAUACAUUUCACAUGCUGUUGUGCAAAUGGAAUAGACAACAGGUGGAAAUUAUAGGCAAUUAGCAAGACAC